UCUCGUAAAACCGACACUAAAACGUCCCUGCCUACAAAUCAUCCGGCCAAAUUAUGAGUUCAUUGUAUUAUGCGAAUGCUUUAUUUUCUAAAUAUCCAGCCGCAAGUUCGGUUUUCGCUACCGGAGCCUUCCCCGAACAAACUUCUUGCGCGUUUGCUUCCAACCCCCAGCGCCCCGGCUAUGGAGCGGGUUCGGGCGCUUCCUUCGCCGCCUCGAUGCAGGGCUUGUACCCCGGCGGGGGGGGCAUGGCGGGCCAGAGCGCGGCCGGCGUCUACGCGGCCGGCUACGGGCUCGAGCCGAGUUCCUUCAACAUGCACUGCGCGCCCUUUGAGCAGAACCUCUCCGGGGUGUGUCCCGGCGACUCCGCCAAGGCGGCGGGCGCCAAGGAGCAGAGGGACUCGGACUUGGCGGCCGAGAGUAACUUCCGGAUCUACCCCUGGAUGCGAAGCUCAGGGACCGACCGCAAGCGAGGCCGCCAGACCUACACCCGCUACCAGACGCUGGAGCUGGAGAAGGAGUUUCACUAUAACCGCUACCUGACCCGGCGGCGGCGCAUCGAGAUCGCGCACGCGCUCUGCCUCACCGAAAGACAGAUCAAGAUUUGGUUCCAGAACCGGCGCAUGAAGUGGAAAAAGGAGAACAAGACCUCCGGUCCCGGGCCCACCAGCCAGGACAAGGCCGAGGCCGAGGAGGAAGAGGAAGAGUGAGGGCAGAGAAAGGGCAGAGGAAGAGAGAGAGAGAUGAGAGUGGGAGAGGGAGAGGGAGAAGCCCAGCUCUGGAGACUGAACCAGGAAACUUAAUUAAAUAGGGGGAAAAAAGCCUUUUUUAAAUGGAAAGCGGUUAAAAAUUUUUAAAGGAGAGAGGACGGUGAAUUUUGGUUUCUUAACACUGAAAAAAAAAAACUACCUAUAGGAAAGUCUGUUGGGUUGGUUUUUGUACAACAUGGGAAG